CCGCCGCAUCAUCCACGGCGAUCUCAAGGCCCUGAACAUUCUCCUGGACGGCUUGAACAACGCCGUCGUCACCGACUUUGGCAUGUCCCGCACCAAGCACACCUCUGCCUCGCUGGACCGCAACCGAUCCAUGGGCCCCACCGGCGGUACCGACGGUUACAUUGCACCCGAGAUGCUGGACGAUGAUGAUCCCAGUGGCACGACCAUGAAGACCGACGUCUACGCCUUCGCCAUCACCAUGUAUGAAGUCCUCAACGAUGCCAAACCCGUCUGGGUCACCAGCAACGGACAAGCAAUGCUCAGCCGCGCUAUCGAACGCAUUUCAUGCAACGGCAAGCGCCCCAAGCGUCUCGAUGGCAUCCCCGACGAUAUCUGGGCCCUCAUCGAGCUCUGCUGGCAACAAGAUCCCGCCGCCCGCCCUGCCUUCACCGAGAUCCUUGCCGUCCUCCAGCCAUACAACCGCUCCAGCCGCCGCCAAGUUCCCUUCCGUCAACCGGGUUGCCAGCCAUUUCACCACUCUCAGCGUGAACAACCAGCCCCCAUCCCAGUCCAGUCGUCCUGCCGAGCUCAAGUUUGACGGUAUCGAAUCGGCCACUCGUCUCCCUGCCUCCAUUAUCUCCCGCGCCAAGCAAGGUGAUCCCGAUGCCUGUCUCGAUGCUGCCAAGAUGGUCUCGGAGGGUCUCCCUGCACGCCACCAAGAUUGGAAGCUCGCCGCCCAGCUGUUCAAGGCCGCUGCCGACCGCGGCAGCCUCGAAGCAUCUUUCCAGCUGGCCUGGCUCGCGUUCCUGGGCGAGGGAAUGGCCAAGAACGACCGCAGCGCCUUCGACCACUGGCAAGAAGUCAGCACCAAGUCGGAUGACAAGGUCCUCAAGCCCAUCGCCACUCACAUGGUCGGUUGGAUGCAUUAUCUUGGCCGGGGCACUCAGCAGGACAUACAGAAGGGCACCAAGAUCAUCCGCGACAACAAAUCGGAUGAGUUCAAGCUGGGGGAAGACGAGUGUCUGGCAGCGCGAUGGAACGCCAUCAAGUCUGAUUCACCCGCAUCCUGCAAGUUCUUCGAGCUGUGCCAGUUGGGAUCGGAGCAAGAAUGGCUGUGCAGACACUUGAUGGCUGUGUGUGUGUUCCAUGGAUUCGGAACCAUAGAGGACGAGAAGCAGGCAGCAGGCACCUUUGAGCAGCUCGCCAACGAAGGCCACAGCGACAGCCAAUUGUGGAUUGGAGAGUGCUACUACGAUGACUGGGGAGUAUCUAGGGACUGGAGGAAGGCAUUCGGGUGGUUCAGCAAGUCUGCUGGCAAAGGCAAUUCGUAUGGGCAGUGGAGGGUUGGCCGCGGCUACCACCGUGGAUACGGAGUCACCAAGGACCACACCAAGGCAGUCGAGUGGCUCCGCAAGUCGGCCGGGCAAGGAAAUCGGUAUGGACAAGAUAUUCUCGGCUUCUGCUACCAUGAUGGGUAUGGUGUCCCCAAGAACAUCGACACCGCCAUCUUCUGGUACCGCAAGUCCGCCGACCAGGGAUGCGAUUGGGCCAUCGACAGUCUCAAGAAACUCGACCAGUGGCCCUGA